ACCUUGGUGACCGGGAGACGCCGAGACACGCCGCAGCACACCACGAUGGCCUCGGAGCGGCUCCAGAUGGAGGUUGUGGGGCUCCUCAGUGAACCUCCUUUUCAUAUCGCCAAAUGUGCUGCAGAGGUGCUGAAACGUUCAUUUGAAAAUGAGUUUGAAGAUCCAGUUAUAAAGCCACUGCUGGAAUUCGCCUGGAAUGAAUAUCUACAGGAGAAAAAACAGGAGAUAAAAGGAGAAGUAUGGGAGUUUUCCUCCCAGGUCAUGUGCUUUGUCAAUGGAAACUUAAUUGGUGAUGAAAAGGGUUUAAAGGCUUGGGCUAAAGAUAUGUGGGAUUACACCGACUACAGACCACUACCUUUAUACAAGGCAUUAGCAGAAGACUUUUAUGUCAAGUACAUGAGAGGAACUAAACACACCUUUGUAUACCUUGAUGUUUCAGUUCAGGAAAACCCCAUUGGAAGAUUGCUAUUUGAGUUGUUCUCAGAUGUGUGUCCUAAAACAUGCAAAAACUUCCAAAAUUUGUGCUCAGGAGAAUCGGGGGACUCUCCAAGUGGUAUCAAGUUACAUUAUAAGGGUGUCCUGUUCCACCGCAUUGUGAAAAAUGGCUGGAUACAAGGUGGAGAUAUAGUGGCAGGAAAAGGAAAUGAAGGCGAAUCUAUUUUUGGUGGAACAUUUGAAGAUGAAAAUUACGCUGUGUCUCACAAUAAACGUGGAAUUCUUGGCAUGGCCAAUAAAGGACGCCAUACAAAUGCAUCCCAGUUCUAUAUCACUCUUCAGGCUACUCCUUAUAUGGAUAGAAAGCAUGUGGCAUUUGGACAAUUGGUCGAAGGCAGCGCUGUACUUUGUAAAAUGGAAGACAUCCCGACAUACAAUGAGAGACCAAAACUUAACUGCACUAUUUCGGACUGUGGCAUUUUUAUUCCUUGAGAUUCAAAUAUUUCAUAUUUCAUUGGAAGAGCCAAGGAGAAGGAUAGUAUAUUUCAAGAAGGCCUACGUAACUACAUCAAGAUCACAGUAGGCAACGGAUGAACUAACCAUGAUCAAAUUGAUGUAGUUAACUACUUGCAUUCAGUUUUUGACAAUACUGGACCAUUCGGCUAGAUAAUCGAACAUGUAUCAGUUAAUAAUGUGUAGAGUACCAAAAUAUGGAUGCAUGGCCGAAGUUAAAAAUCCAGAUAUUUUCUACAGCUUUCAGCCUAAACAAAUUCUAUAUAAUGCGUAAGGUUCUCUACACUACAGUCACUACCUAUUGUUGCCACUCCCUCCUUCCUGCCAUGCAUUUAGGCCUCAUUCACACGGCGCAAUUACAUCCAUGCCGCGUGCAGGACCAUGUUAACAUGCACAUGUGUUGCGUGCAUGCCUGUGAAGGCAGUCCCAUCUACGUCUAUUGCUACUGUGCAGCUUCUGUGUACCAGUAGAUAAUUAUAGGUAGCCCCAUGCUGGUAAAACAUGGCCCUGCAAGGGGCAUAGAUGUAAUUGCCGUAUCUGAAUGAGUUCUUAAUCACACAACUUCCUAAUCGUUUGAUAUUUCCUGAAGAUUACCAUAUGUAUAGACAGUAUUUAGACCAGUGGUUCUCAACCUUUGAAGUGCCGUGACCCCUUGAUAAAAUUUCCCAAGUUGUGGUGACCACUAACAGUAAAAUGAUUUCCGUGGCGUGGGUUGUCAGCAUCCAAAGCAAGACAAGUAAUUUGCGCCCCUAACCCAUGGACAUUUAGCGCUCCCUGAGUC